CACUGUAGCCGGCAAGACGUUUAUCGUCGUUCGCUUCGCACCCAAACUAGUGUGCUUCUUGCGUGUUGUGAGGCGUUCUGGAUUCGUAUCCGAUUUUGUUCCUACUACGUAUCGUCGUUCGGUGGCGGAUUCCGGCAAAACUCCGAGCGGACCGAGACCGAGACAAUUCGGGUUUGCUGAGCCGGAGAAAGCUCGGGUCGGGUUUUGUGAUAUCGGCCAGCUCAUCAUCAGCAUCAGUGUGUGAGAGGAAGUUCCUCGGCGCCUCUUUCGCCACCCACUACUCACCCAAACCCACCCGAAACGUCGGAGUUUGUUUUUUUUUCGGGUGUACCACCCACACCCGCUUCCGAUAGCCGAAGUCGAUCGAAGGGUUUUUCUUCUGAAGAGUGGCUAGAAUUAUCCACCCCAAUCCCACCCCCGUCGCUUCUUGCGCUCUCGGCAGCACAAAUCUCGGCAAAUCGCAACACAUGCGGCCCUGAGGCUGUGCUGCGACUGUUGAAGAGAGCGGAUUGUUAUCAGUGACUAGCAAGGAUUUAUCGAAGCGGGCUUUCAGUAUUAGGAAAACUCCCAGCUAGAUCGGAGUGUCCGCCGGAUGAAUCGAAAGGCUUCCCUGGGUUGAUUCCGGUGCCGCUUGACUAAAUCCGGUUCGAUCUUAUUCAUUUUGUGGGAGUUGGAAGAGUUGAAUAAACAUCCUAAGAAAAGUGAAUGAUGAAUAUUGAAUAAAGUUGUAACAUUUUAAACUAUGCUUAUCGUGAAACGGUUCAAUAAAUUAGGGUUUUUAACAGUUAGAUAAAAUUUCCAAAAAGUGAUAAAAAAACAGACGAAUAACAUGUCAGAUUUGGUUUUGUAUUAAUUCCCCUGAACAACGUCGUAUCAUUGCUGCCACAGUUGCUGCUUAAUCUGAUUAAAGAGGGGUUAAUUAAUGCGACUAACAUUAAUUCGCUGCCAGACUGAAACAACAGAAAAACAACAACACAAAAACACCCGAGAAACAGGCAUCCGAAGUCCGAAGACGAAGAAAAAGUGCAACAAGCAUGUGCCCCAAACACAUGUAGUUUUAUCAAACUAAUGAGUGCUGUGUAGUGUAGUGCUACUGUGUGUGGUUUUUCGAAAGAACGUCGGUUUUUGAUGAAUUCCGCAUAAAUUUUCAAUCCCCCGCUCUUUCUCCUCCUGAACCGGUGCGUAGUGCUGUUUAUGUUGAUAAUUGACGAUGUUUGUGCUGGACAUUUCCGUCAAACGGUGAGCAGAACGUUCCGAAAGAUUUCUUGAUUAAGUGAUGUUGAACCGGUAGUUUUUGGUGGAAAUUGUGAAUUGUCAUUUUAGCGCUUUAAGCCUCGCAGUUCAUCAUCCAAACCAACCGAUAGAACGAUUAAAAUUUGAUACCCAUAUUGGUGACACGAAACGUAAACAAAAACAGAGUUCUCUAUGAAUACAUGCUAUUGACUGGCAUGGAUUUUCAGAGUGCGAUGGAAACCUUUGCCGAAGCAUGGGUUGCCGCGAGCGCGGGAGCACAGACACAAGCCCUGGCACUGACUCGUCCUAAAUCACCGAAGAAGGAACCUCCGGUAUCGCCUCCGAACGGCCGGGAAGCGGAAAUGGGAAGCCCCAAGGCCCAGCAGCACCAUUCGUCCUCGUCCGUUUGCUCCAACGUAUCGUCGGAUCACCCGGCUAGCGCCACCGGUGUUGAUCAUCUACACAAUUCGGCCGGCUCGAUUUCCAAUGGGGAAAAUCUUACGGCCCCGAGGCAUAGCACCCCGAUUGCCCAUCAUCCCAUGAUUGGUGUGCCGCAAUCGCUGUUGGUUCCCAAUCCGGCUUCGAGGGCUUUGACCCCGCGGAUCAACGUGACCGGAGGCCUCACGGAAAAUGGUGCCCCGAAUAAUGGCAGUAAUAAUAGCGGAAACAACAACAAUAAUAACAACAACAGUGGCAGCCGCCGGGAAUCGAUUGAACGACCUAGUGCUCCCAACGGGGGCCCUGGGACAGAUCGUUCUGGUAUCCCACAAUCACCGGUUGCCGCCGUUGCGGCAGCUGCUGCCGCCAUGCAGGAUCGCAAGGAUUUCGAUUUCGGCAAAGUAAACGCCAAAUCCCUGCCCCUGCACUGUGUGGUCGAGUCCGUCAGCUCCCUGCAGGCGACGCUGAACUUUGACGCCCGGAGUCCUUGGAAACGGCGCCCGAACAUCGAAACCGACAGCUACGUUAUCAUCCCGGCUGCGACGCCAUUCUGCGAAAUCGUUACGACGGCGCUCCAGCGACUCGGCUAUUCCUCCGAGGUUUGCAACGCUGCUAGAGGGGCAAUUUCCAUCAAGAACUGGAAGACGCUGGCCCUGGACGCCAUCUCCGACAAUCCGCUAGUUUCGGUUAACGACAUCCUCGGGGAGCUGACGUCGGUCGUUACGCUCAAGAUUACCAUCCUGCGGAACAAACCCUCGCAGCUGGCCGAAAUCAAAGAUAAGCUGCUCAAGCUGCUGAUCCUGCAAUCCCAUGCGGUACUGCGGUCGACCGGGUGCCCCCUGGAUGAGAUCACGCUGUCCCAAAUUUGUAGAAGCUCCUUACAAAACACAUUUCCGUUUGGUCCGGAAAUCACCGAAGAAGUCCGCCGAAAGUUUGACCAAUGGUGGAGCAAUCAGUUGGCUCCUCAACCAAACCCAAUUGCUCAUAAAAUCCUCCCUUUCGCCAAUGCUCCAACGAGCGAGCUGGAUUUUCCAAGCUUCAACAACCGGGAGGCGCUGCUGGAAAACCGUCCCAAUCCGCAUCAUAACCUGGUAGUGCAUCCGGCCCUCCAAACCGUGCACUCGCAGUACCCGAACCAGAAAACCCGGAUGAGAACUAGCUUCGAUCCGGAAAUGGAACUGCCAAAGCUGCAGCGAUGGUUCCAGGAAAAUCCACAUCCUUCUCGCCAACAAAUCCAAUCCUAUGUGGUUCAACUGAACUCCUUGGAUUCUCGACGAGGACGUAAGCCACUGGAUGUAAACAACGUAGUCUAUUGGUUCAAAAAUGCUCGAGCCGCCCAAAAGCGAGCCGAAAUGCGUCAGGGAAUGACGAACGGAUUCGGAAAUCCCAACAUGAUGCUUCCUCCUCCGGAUUACAUGAAGAGUUCUCCCAGUGCACCAUCCGAAGACAUCGACAAUCUCUCCCAGGACGAAAUGGACGACGAACUUGAUCGUCCUUUAUCGCCUCAGCUGCCCCUCUCCCUAACAAUCCACGAACGUAAUCGUCCAGUGACCCCAAACGAUGACACCCCUAUCAAAAUGGAGAACAACUCCGGUGCCAACAGUCCGCCACCAUCUCCAACGCCAACCAGUGAUCUCAACACUUCCAACAACAACAUCAACGAGUCCGUCAACGAUUCCAUGAAUCAAAACGAUGCCCCCAAAUCCAUCUACUCCAACGAACGAUCCGCAUCCCCCCAAAGAUCCCGAUCGCCCGCUUCCGAGGACCUGGACAUGGACGACCCGGACGAAAGCAACAUGGACGACUACCGAUCCCCGUCGCCCGACUCGAAGCGGAAUCUCCCGUUUCCCAUCACCAAUCCGAUGUUUUCCCACUCGAUCAUGUACAUGAGCCACUACAUUCCGGCCAUGCAGGCCAACGCGGCCGGCAUGCAUCUGAAGAACGAGCUGAGCCCGAACAACCACUCCGGCUUAGGAGGUGCCGGUGGUCUUAAUCUGUCCUUCAACAGUAGCGACGAAAGGCGGAAACGGAACCGCACCUUCAUCGAUCCGGUUACCGAGGUGCCGAAGCUGGAGCAGUGGUUCUCGAUGAACACCCACCCGUCACACAAUCUGAUCCUGAAGUACACCGAGGAUCUGAACCGGAUGCCGUAUCGGCAAAAGUUCCCGCCCCUGGAGAGCAAAAACGUUCAGUUCUGGUUCAAGAACCGGCGCGCCAAAUGCAAACGCCUGAAGAUGUCCCUGUACGAUCCGGCCCAGCUGGCCAGCCUGGCCGGGGUUGGUGGAGACCAAUCGCAUCUGGCCGCCAGCUUGCACGAAUCCCAGGCCCACCUUGCCCAGGCUCAGAUGCACCAGUUCCACCAUGCGGCGGCAGCGGCGGCGGCCGGAGUCGGUGGACCCGGAAUGGUUGGCGGCGGAGGAUCCACCGGAGCCGGCCUGGACCGGGACUGAAAGAUGGGCCUGGCGCGGGAUUUCCUGCCGCUAGUGCCCUACUAAGGAACGAUGUUUAAGACGCUUUGAUUUGUUGAGUUUCUUAUGAAAGGUUUCGUUGGCAUUUCUGUUUUUAUUUUAUUUUUUUCUUUUGAGGAAAACCGAAUCCAAGUGAUAUGAAAUUGAUCGUAUGUUAAAUAGGCUUAGCAGCAUUGAAUAGGUAGUAAUUUUAGUGCAAAAAUAAUCACGAUAGUAGAUUUCGCUCAAUACAUAUAAGUAAGUACGGUUGAUGCUUCACUAAGUAGCUAUAACAUUAUACCAAAGAACGAAGGAUUUCUCCUCUUGCUAAACGAUAACAGUUGUACAUAGUUGAAUGUAGCUAUAAAAAAAGUUAAUUUUAUCACUGCACUCUCAUUAAGUUUUACAAAAGAGCUCCACUACUAAUAAUUCAAACCCUAGCACUGUAAGAGUUCUCUCCAAUUCAGAUGCAUCACACACACGCAACAUAGAACACCUCACAACAAAAUAAAUUGUACAUAAUAAACUCCCAUUUUAAAUAGAUUCUGGAUUAGGUUUCCAAAAGGGCGAACCCUACUAAAUGAUUCUGAGUUCAUUCCGUUUCCCAGUAUUGAUUUAAAAUCCACUGAUGCUAACAAACAAAUUUACGCUCCGUGAAAAUUGUUCGUCCUUUUGCAUACACGAUUCAGAAUCCGAAAACGCUUAAAAAGCUGUAUCUUCCGGUUCCGGAAAGCCGCUUGUAGUUUCCCCCCGGAGCCGUAAUAGCUUGGGAAAAUAGUCUGAAAGGCGCGCAUAAACGAAUCAAAUACGUAAUAAUAUUCUGCCGCAGCGCAAAACGUUUUGCACCCACGCAAAUUACCUAUAUUGCAAUUCUUGCCCGGGCAAACAAGUGAGAUGAAAAAUCACCGGUGUAAAAGUGUCGAAAGCAUAUCAUUUAUUUGAGCCGAUUGACAGAUUAAACUCGCGGAAAAAUCGUCACCGAUUUUCCACCAUUUCCAAUGCAUAAAUAUAAUAGUGCAUCGCCCAUGCCGCUAUCAUCCACCAUUUCGCGUUCCCGCGAAAUUUGAUUCACCUGUUGUUUCAUGGACUUAAACCGGCUGCCGCAGCCUUGGGGGAAAGCAGCAGGAAAUUUCAUGAUCAUUCAUUAAUAGGCGGUGCACAAAAAGCCUUUGUAAAUCAAUUUCAGGGUAUUUGGGAACAGCUUAGUUCAUUCAACCAGCCAACGUUUAUUUCCGCGGGCGAAAAGAAUCAAUCACUUUUGUUGAAUUUUUAAUACAGAUGUGAAUCGCAUUCAAAGCCGCUCAUUUCCCGAGAGCGCAAAGUGAAUCAGAUUAAAGGGAAUCAACAGUUGAAAGCGCGUAAUCAGUUCCUUGAAGGGAAAAUUACUUUUGAAAAUAAAACCAGAAUAAGCAUUCAAGUUUUUUUUUCGUUAUAGUUCCAAUCAUCGACUAAAUAGAGUUUUCAACCAUCUCGAACCGAAAACCCAACUAAAAAUGUACAACUCAUGCUAGAUACGCUUGUUUUAUUUCCAUUAUUUAGUUUUGUACAAGUUGAAUGACAAAACCUUGGUUUCAAACCAACAAAUUAUUUGGUUUAAUUUUUUUACUGUUUGGUAUCAAAUACCGAACAGCAAGUACCCUUAAGGUAUUGUUUUGUCUUACUUAUUUUAGAUAAAAAAAAAAAAAGAAAAAAAAUCCAAAAUGAUGUAAAUAAAAUUAGCGAAAACAAACACGAAUGAAUUAAAACAAUUUGGAUCAAUUCGAAGUGACGACUUCCUUACAUUACUAACUAGAACCACAUCAUCAGAUAUCAAAACUAGACAGUAAGGUUUUAAAUUAAUCCUUCCUGAAAUAGCGUUAAGGAUAGCAAUUAGCCUGAAAAUAACCGAUCAAGACGAACGUUUGCGAAAUCAGUGGAAGAAAGACCGGUGAUGUAAAAUUGCGCGUGAGCACUUGUAAGUUAGAUUCCACUAUUCCAAGGAGCCGAGUGAGUGCAUGAAUCAUACAUAUUGUAUCCAAUGAAAAACAGUAAAAC